AGCAGUUCUUCUUUCUGUCUUUUUUUCUCUCUGAAUCCCAAAAAAAAAAAAAGAUAUCUGUAAUCGUCAUUUUUAUUUCUAGAUUCCUUGAGAUAUGAAGAGAGAAAGAUCAGAUUACGAAAACUCCAUCAAAUCUCUCGACAUCGCAAAAUAUCUGAUCCUACUUUCCGAGACCUUUGCAAAUACACCGAUGGUUACAAACCAAUCCGUCAACGAAGAUACAAACCAUUUCGAAUGCAAAACAUGCAACAAGAGAUUUUCUUCGUUCCAAGCCCUGGGAGGACAUCGAGCGAGUCACAAGAAACCUAAAUUGGUAGGCGAGCCGAAGCAUAACAACGGCGCCGAUAACGAUAAAACGCACGAGUGUUCGAUAUGUAGACAGUCGUUCGGCUCGGGACAAGCUCUCGGGGGUCACAUGAGACGACACAGAGCGGUCAUAUCGGCCGAGCCAGUGAUCCUCUGUCCGAAACUUCCCGCAGUGUUGCCUGUCCUGAAGAGAUGUAACAGUAGUAAGAGGGUAUUGUCUUUGGAUUUGAAUCUAACGCCGUUAGAGAAUGAUCUUGAAUACGUUUUGGGCAAUACUUAUUUGUCUCCCAAGAUCGAUAUGAACUUUGUUAGUUAGUAUUUUUUUUUUUUUUAUCUUUUCCAAAUCUGUUGUGAUCAUUGUUUGUUUUUAUUCUAAUUCUUUGAUUUCUUUUCAGUCAUGUAAAGAAAAAAUCAUAAUAAAAUGAUUUCUGUUUAUCUCA